CUCCCUCUGUGUUUUGAAGUUUCCAAGUUUCAACUUUCAACUACCAGUUUAAGAGGUAAUUUUAAUAUAUUAUUAAAAUAAGUAUUUACCACUAAAUUUAUUGUUUGUUUCUAUGUAGUUUAUUUACAGCAAAUUUGAUUUUUUUCUUCAUCAUACCGGAUGAUGAUGCGGACAUCGAAUGUUGUCUUUGAACUAUAAAUUUUAACUAUACAGAUACGAUGGAAGGAUCGACAUCCACGCAAACUGCCAAACGAGAUGUUUUUCAUGCAUAUUGCACUGUAAUGCCUGAUGGUAAAAAAUUGAAGUGUAAUUUUUGUGAAAAGGAAAUAUCCUCUGGUAUUUCACGCAUAAAACUGCAUUUAGUACAACAAAGUGGUACAGUUGCCCCGUGCAUGCAUGUGCUGCCUGAAGUGAAAAAUCUUGCUAAAGUUGCACCGGAAGAAAAGAUAAAAGCAAAAAGGCAAAGAAGAGCAGAAUAUGAUAACGAAGAUUCAGAACAAGUGUAUCAUAAUGAGCCAUGGAAACCUGUGUGUGGUAUAAAUGAAGAAGAACCAUAUUUUCUUGCAGAAGAAGAACAAGUACCAGUCACACAAAAGAAAAAGACUGGGUUCUUAAAAAACCUUUUUGGACGAAAAAAUAAGAAUAUUCAUGCCGGAGAGGGUACAUCGCACGGUCCUCGGGCCUCUGUACAAAUACCUAGGUCUACUAUGUGGCCAUCACAACCACCUAGGAUGUUUGUGGAUAUGGGAGGACAGUAUAACCCUUCUAGGGAUUCUCAACCUUCGAUGGAAAAAUUUGGCAAAAGAAAAACAUGUCAGGAAAAAGUCGAUUCUUCUGUUGGACGUUUUUUUAUGCCAAUGAUAUUCCCUUCAAUGUGGCUAACUCAUCUCAGUACCACGAGGCAUUCAGUGCAGUUGCAAAUUUCGGCCAAUUGUAGAGAGUUCCAUCAGCUUAUAAGUUGUCGAAUCCCAUAUUAAUUUCAGAAAAACAAAGGAUUUAAAAAGAUGUGGUGUCUGUCCAACGACAUUACUGGAGAGAAUACGGUUGUACACUCAUGUCUGAUGGUUGGAAAAGCAAAAACAACCGUACGAUUGUAAACUUUCUAGUUUACAGUGGUAGUGGAAUUACGUUUUUGAAAAGUGUCGAUAUAGAACAUAAUCGGUUGACAAUAGAGUAUGUAAUUACUUUGUUCAAGCCCGUUAUAGAUGAUGUCGGUCCGAGAAAUAUUUUUCAAUUAGUAACAGAUCAAGGAUCUCAAUUCAAAGCUGCAGAGAUUGGCAUCAGAAUAUGGCACAUUUUUCUAGGUUCCUUGUGUUGCUCACAUAUUGGACGUGAUGUUGGAAGAUAUUGAAAAAUUCUCCUUUGUUAAAGAUGUGAUCGGAGAAGCAAGACAAAUUAGCAAAUUUAUUUACAAUCAUGGUUGGGUUCUUGCUAGAUUUAGACAACAUUCAGCAGGACGCAAUCUAUUGCGCCCUGGAUUAACAAGGUUUUCAACAAAUUUUAUUGCAAUCAAAAGCAUCAUAGAUCAACGUAAUGCUAUCGAGAGCCUAUUUCUGGACAAGGAAUUUCUGAAAUCGGAUGAGGAAAAAACUAAACAAGCUAGACAAGUGAAGAAUAUUAUUUCAAAUGAGAUGUUCUGGACGACGUGUCAAAAUGCAUGCAUAAUGGUUGGUCCUUUAUUGAAAAUGAUUCGUUUCUUGGACUCAGACAAACCCACCAUGGGCUAUUUGUUCCAUGCACUUGCUACAUGUGUGGAAACUAUACAAAUGGGUUUGAGAUCAAAUCAAAAUGCUUCUAUCGUGGGUGUAAUAAAGAAACGAUGGAAAAGUCAGUUGAGUUCUCCUCUUCAUGCUGCAUCGUAUUUUCUCAAUCCUUAUUACAUCUUUAACCCAGCAACUAAUCUCAUCAAUAAUGAAAUUUCUGAGCCGCAAAUUUGUCUUACUGGAGUUAUAUCAAAAAUGGUUAGUGGCCCGCAAGAACAAGCACAAUGCAUGCUAGAGGCAAGAAGAAUGCGAAUGAUGCAAGGUCAAUUUGCAUCACUAUCAGCACGUAUUGCAGCUCAACAUGGUGAUCCUGUAAGUUGGUGGUUAUCUUAUGGUGCUGAGUAUCCAUCCCUCCAAAAGACUGCAGUAAAGAUAUUAAGUCAAACAAAUACAUGUUUGUCGUAAAAGCCAUAUAUGUUUGUCGUUUAUAAACGCG